AUGCUUCAUGAAACUACACCAGCACAAGCACCAGCAGUCAGAGGAAUGCAGGCAUCACUGCCUGCUGAUGGCAGUGCUUGUUCAGAAGAAACGCAACGGCCAGCGCUGGCGGGGACGGAGCACACUGCAGAUGUAGUCGAAGGCGAGACUUUGCAAGGUUCAGAUAUUCGCCAUGUUAGCAGCGAGCUGCUGCGGCUCUUGCUGCAGGCUCAAGGUGCUUGUAUUCAGCAACUUUUGGAGAUGUUGCAUGCGACAGGGUACUCCAAAGGCUUUUGUCUCUUGCACCACGCUGCCACGAUUUGUUUUGGCGGAAAUCGAAUGUUGCAGCAGCAGCUACAGCGCUUGCUGCAGCUGCAGCUGCAAUCAAGCCUUGAGGUGUCUCCACAGGAAACACGUAGCGAGCUUGUUUUGGCGUUGUUGCAGCAGAGGAAAUACGUUGCGGCUCGACAUUGGGCAACACUUGCAGGUCUAGGUGCAAGUUGUCUUCAGCUCGUGGCAGUGCACGAAGUUUCCGAAUGUCUGACAGGCUUGCGAGGUGGCGUCAAACGGACGCGAGGCGCCGGAGGAGCGCCUCCUGUUGAGGAGCGAUUGGCUGUGUGGGCUCGAUGUCUGCAGCUUUUCGAAGAUCACAACUAUCCUAGGGUUCUUGCUGCUGUGUUUCUGCUGACUGUGGCUUCUCAAAUGGAAGCUGACAUAAGCGUGACAGAGCAAACGCUCCUCCUCGCGGCAGCUCUUCGGCUUUUCGGCGAUCCCCCCCGCAGAUCCUCCCCCAUCCACAAAACGCGGGAAGCUUUCCUCCAGCACCUCAUUCAGUGUGCUCAGGGAAAUUGCGCAACUUGCAGCAGCGGCAGUAGCGGCAGCAGGAGCGAGGCAGGGGGAGCAAUCAGCCUUGUUGCCUGCUUGCCGCUGCAGCCUGAGGAAAUGCGUUCCGUGUUUUGGAUCAGACACGCAGACACUGCUGCUGACGCUGCAGCAGCCGACGAGGAGGGAUUUCGCUGUUGCAGGGGCGAAGAAAUGAAUGGCGGGGAGCACUCUUCGGAAGGGAGGAGCAACGCAACAACGCAGAGCAGCACCGCGAGCACCGAUCUUCAGGAUUGCUGCAGGUGCAUUGUGACUCCGCAGUUGCUGGAGCAGCUGCAGGGGAGGCUGCUGCUGCUGCUAGCGUCUCAGUCGACUGCCGCUGCCGCAGCAGCUGCCUUGACUCCUGAACUCUCUGGAGGGCAGUGGCAGUAUCAGACUGCAGCGGCAGGCACUGCGUGUGCGCCCUCUGCAGCAGCGCCGCAGCUUCUCCUGCACGGGAACGCAAGAUCUCUCUCAGCAUGCUUUCGCAGUGGAAACAUUCAGCAGCUGCUCGAGCAGCUGCAGCAACUGGUUCACCCCGAAACUCCAGCUCUGCCUCUGCACCAUGUGGGAGCACCUCAGUGGCCACCCCUUCCAGACGCAGAAGACGAAGAAAAUGAGCAACAACAACAGCAGCAGCAGCAGCAACAACAGCAGCAACAGCAGCGUCAACAGGUGCAGCAGAGGAGCGGCCUAAGUGGUAGCAGCGAGAGUGCAUCUCAGCUGCUCUUGUUGCAGCUUCAAGAGGCAGUGCAUAAUUCUAUUUCCAUUGGCUGCACAAACAUUGCACGAACGCUCAUCAGCACUUUCGCGAUAGUAGUUCAGCCCUCCUCGGCUGCCACUGUCUCUUCUGCAGCGUUAGCGGUGUCUGCCGCUGCAGAAGGAACGGAGCAGCAGCGACAGCAGCUCCUCAUGUUGCAGAGUCUCUCCCAAGAAGUUCAGCUGGCAGAACUGCUGCUGCGAGUUGUGGCUUUUCCUGUGCCUCUCCGAGCGCAGCAGCAACAGCUGCUGCUGCUGCAGACGCUGUCGGCUGCCGGUGCUGCUGCAUGCGCGGCAACGCGCCCCACGGAAAUCCCCUUGCCGCAGCCUCACUGCGAUUUGCUGCAGCUGCUGCAGGAGCAUCUCGAGACUCCCUGCUGCACAGAGCUGCAGCAAGAAGGCGAGCAGCAGCAGCAGUUGCUCUCCACGCAGAUGCGUCGGCAGCAACUCCAGCUCCUCUCUCAGCUGAUCCAUCGCUGCACGCCAGGACUGUUUGCCUUCUGCCUAGAGCUGCUAAUCUUGUUUGCCGUCAGCAUGGCACUCGUGGAAUCCUUUGACGCCGUCUUGCAGCAGCAGCGGCAGCAGCCUCAGCAGCUCCUGCUGCGACUGCUGCUUGCUGCGGCGUUCCCCACUUCUGCCUCGCCCAAGCCGUCCCUCUGCAUGCAGUUCGCCGCCAAACUUACGCGGAGCAGGCAGCUGCAGCAGGAGCAAGUCGCGGCUGCGCUUCUAGCGGCUUUCGUGGCUCACCAGCAACAGCACUGGAAGUGUGAAGCCUUGCUUCCGUCGCUGGAAGCACAGAAAAAACAGCAGCAACAGCAAAUCAGAGCGGGUUGGUUCGAAUGGCCUCUGCUGAUUCUAAAAGAAUUCCUGCAAAUCUGUGAGACACCAGGCUUUGUCGGAGAGCAGGUGCUGCAGCUAAUGCUGCACCUGGAGCAGCAGGAGCAGUCACAGCAGCAGCAGCAGUCACAGCAGCAGCAGCAUACGCCGUCUGCUGCUCCUUUGCAUCUCAUGCAUGAGCAGCAGGUAGAACUAGCGCUUCUGGCAUAUUAUGAUCUCGAACGUGCAUGCAAUGGCGCAGGACUGUAUCAGCUCAUGCAUUUGCUGCAGCAGAGGAUUGACGUAUACAUGCGUUGCGGCAAGCCAUACCUACUGCUGCGCAUCCUUACGACAAUCCCGCCUUCUCCUUGCCUGACCCCUGCAAUGCAGUAA